UUAGGCGGCUUUUCGGGGCCUGCAAGAGACAGCCGCGUAUCCCGUCUGACUUCAGGCGGCUGCCUCCCUCCCCGUUCUUGCAUUCCCCACCUGCCACACCCUAUCCGAUGCGGACUUGGGACCGAUCUCGCCGCAUUCUCCCCCUCCGCGUACCCGGGAGCUUUUUUUUUUUCCCCUUCUUCCCCCUUUUCGCUCAGCCGGCGGGGAAGUGAUUUCCUCUCCCGCCUGCCUGCAGCGCGCGUGACGCAGGCCGACUUGACAGGAGCAGAGCUCCCCGAGCCUUUUUAAGAGGCGGGAGCAUUUCUGCUUGAAAGCAACGGGAGCUGGGCAAAGAGGCUGUUUCCUUUCUCGGAAGUCGUCUGGCACGGGUUCGCUUACCGCAAUGAGUUGAAAAAAAUGGGAGCGAGAGGCGGCGGCGGGGAAGACGAUGACUACGGGAUGCUGCUUCAGAAGAGGCCGAAAGAUUGUCUGUUCUUCCUGGUUUGCCUGACAAAUUUCUGAAACCCAGAGAAGCCAAGAACAAUUGGCAACUUAACACCACCAGACACCUGAACAGCUACUAAUACUGUUACCAUGGAUGUGUUGGUGAACAGGUAUCGAGACUUCAUGAAGGGAGCAGACCCCCGGAUUGCUUCAUAUCCACUUAUGGAUUCUCCUUGGCCUCUGACCGCUAUCUUACUGGGUUAUGCCUAUUUUGUAUUAUCACUGGGGCCACGGCUCAUGGCCAACAGGAAACCUCUGAACCUUAAGAAGUUCAUGAUACUUUAUAAUUCUUUUUUGAUGGCACUAUCAGUUUACAUUGUUUAUGAGUUUUUAAUGUCAGGCUGGCUAACUGGUUAUACAUGGAGAUGUGACCCUGUUGAUACAUCCCAGGAUCCUACGGCUCUUCGGAUGGUGCGUGUGGCAUGGAUCUUCAUUUUCUCUAAAAUCAUUGAGCUGAUGGAUACAGUGAUCUUUAUCCUAAGAAAAAAGAAUGAACAAGUGACCUUUCUGCAUGUUUUCCACCAUUCAGUGCUACCCUGGAGCUGGUGGUGGGGUGUGAAAUUUGGUCCAGGAGGAAUGGGCUCCUUCCAUGCUAUGGUGAACUGUAUGGUACAUGUUGUGAUGUACUUCUAUUAUGCACUCUCAGCUGCAGGACCUGCUUUCCAAAAGUACCUCUGGUGGAAGAAGCACAUCACUGCCAUUCAACUGCUGCAGUUUGUGAUUGUCUCCAUCCACAUCUCCCAGUACUACUUCAUGCCUGACUGCAAAUAUCAGUUCCCAAUCUUCAUCCACCUCAUCUGGAUUUAUGGAGUUAUCUUCUUCAUUCUCUUCUCCAACUUCUGGUACCAGUCAUAUACCAAAGGCAAGCGUCUACCCAAGUUAAUGGCACAACCUCAGCAAAACGGCUUCCACGAGAAUGGUGCCAUUGCUAAUGGAAAAGUCAAAGCCAACUAGGGGUGGAUUCAAUUAGCCCCAUAUCUGGGCUUCUUAACCAGAUCAAGUGCCUACAGACUGUUAUCUUGCAGUUCCAAACCACCUUCCCAACUGCCCUGUUUCCCUCGUUGCCUCGCUUUCAUCUUUCCCCAAAGGAGACAGGCUGCCUGGGCUGUCGGUGCUGAAUCCAGCCCAAGGCCUCCAAAGUGCCUAUGUCUGCCCUGGGCUGGGCUCCCUUCAGAGCUGGACCAAAGCAGAACCCUGACAGAUGGGACACAUUUAUCCACUUAAUUCUACGUACACAAUGUGAUCUAGGUGGGGAUUUUUGUUCCUUUGCUCUCCCUACGUUUGUGUUGUCAUUUAUUAAUUCUGUUUAUUUACCGUUGGUAUUCUGCCAUUCCUAAUCCUUUCCUACUUGAAUGUAAGUAGUCCCUUUUUGCUGGGGGUGGGAAAUAAUUCCUCCUGGAGAUAAUUUUUCCUGCUCUGUGUGCAGAUGGGGUACUACUAGGCAAGUCUUACUGCCUUGGCUGUAUUCCUCUUUUGGCAUUGCUCCUCAGCUUUGGCUGCUUUGAUCCCAGGACCUUAGCAAUAACUCUGGACUUCAAUCUCCACAUGGCUUGAUGACUGCAAGCUCUUAUUGCACUGAGGCCCAGGGAAAAGAAAUAGGACCCUGUUGUCCAGCUUGUAUGCCAUUGCUCUGUGUGCCUUUUAAAACAUUAUUGAAUCUUUCCCGAAGAACAGAGGCUCCCUAUUAUCUAAAUUUGGGGAGGACUUCUCAAGAGGAGGUAUAUCCCUCCUGAAUUUUCCAUUUGUAUUCACAGAAAUAAAUGGAUAGAAAGAGAA